CUCCGUGAUCGACAGUAUCGCAGCGCUUCGAGUCGCGGGCGUCACUACUCGCGGUGUUUACGGCGGGACGGAGGGACGCUUCUAUUUUUCUCCUCGCGCGAUAAACUGAUAGCGCGGGGAGGGUUGGGGGAGAGAGAGAGAGAGAGAGAGAGAGAGAGUGGAACGUGCGGGUGACGGAGCGCAGCGAGUGAUCGACGAUGUCCGGCGGCGGGCGAGCGAGCGCCGCGAGAUGAAGUGGCGAGCGAUGCCCGACGAGUCGACGCGCGGCCGCCCUUUAUCUGAAAUGUGUCGCUCUUAUCGCGGUAGGCGCAAGUAGCAAUGUUCUGCGCGCGGAUAAACGCCUCUCGCCGCUGACUAAACGCAUAACUAACACCGUACAACACCGCACGCCGCUUGGUACCGCUACAAAAACCACCGCUGUCCCGCCCCCUCGGUUAACCCGGCGAGCCUGAAAAAAACCCUCCGAGCAAACGUUUAACGCCUGCCGCUCGACCCAGAACCCUCCCCGCGCGCGCUACGGGCAGCCUCUCUCAAAAAGCUUUCGAUGUUUGACAGCUCCGGCCACGAGAGCGUGGACGCUAACGCCGCGUGAUUUGUUAUGCACUUCGAGACGGAGGCGGCGCAGAGGCACUUGGCGUCAAGCAUGAACAAAUCCGUGGAGAAUCUGUUGAUAUCCAGCCACGAGGUGAUCAGCAGCAUCAACUCCUCGGGUCUGGGCAACCAGGGCGCUGCGACGACUCUGGGCAGCGUCGCAACCGAGAAUGCGCAGGAGACACUCGGCUCCAGCGUCGAGCGCAGCAGCCCCGUGUCAAGUCCCAACCUGUCCCCGCGUCCCAGCCCGAGAGCCCACUCCAGGCGGGAGUAUUCCAGAUUGAAUUCCGACUCCAGCGUCAAGGAGUCGCUGCGCGCCAACAAGUCGGACGACCAGCUGUCGCAGGAUCUAAUAAACAGAUCAUCCGACUCGGCUGACGUCAACAAGACUUCUGCUCAUGAGAAUAAAAAAGAGACACGUAGCAGCGACCGAACGAAAAAGAAGUCCUCUUGGUAUAAUGUACUCUAUCCGACUUAUAAGUCUCGCUCCGAGGACUUUAGGCGAAUAUUUAAAGACGUGCCUGACGAUGAGAGAUUGGUGGUAGAUUAUUCUUGCGCUCUGCAGCGUGAAAUAUUGGUACACGGUAGACUUUAUGUGUCUCAGAACUAUGUGUGUUUUUAUGCUAAUAUAUUUAUGUGGGAGACGCUGGUCUCCCUACGCUGGAAAGACGUUACAUCUAUUACCAAAGAAAAAACUGCGCUUGUCAUUCCAAACGCUAUCCUGAUAUGCACCGUUACUGACAAGUUCUUCCUAACAUCGUUUGGAGCGAGAGAUAAAACAUAUGUGAUGUUGUUUCGUGUUUGGCAAAAUGCUCUUAUUGGCGAGCCAAUGAGUAUGGCUGAAAUGUGGCAGCUUGUACAUACCUGCUACGGUGAUGAAUUAGGCUUGACAUCCGACGACGAGGAUUAUGUGCCGCCGUUACCCGCGGCAGACGAGGAAAAGCUGUCAACUCGCCUCUCUGUAGAGUCCUUCUCCGAGACCGAAGCAGUCGCUAUGGAAAAUUCAACGUCUCUACCUACGGAGCCCGCUUCCGCGGAAUCUGCUCCGACUACGGAGCUUCAGGUUCAGCCACCAACUCCGUCAAUACCUAAGCCGGAAUCUGUUCUCGAUCCAACGGAUUUAAGUGACACAACGGAAAGCGAAGCUGAGAAACAUGGCUUGAAAAUGAAUAUACGGAGCACCAUGGUCUGUACCUCCCUGCAUGAAGGUCGGCAAGUUAACAAAGCAACAUUGCCUAUCUACAUCGACCAGCUGUUCACUCUGCUCUUCACGAAUUCGAAAUUCUUCCUAGACUUUCAUACCUCUCGCAAAACUACCGAUUUAGUACAAUCUGCGUGGACGCAAAACGAUGAAACUGGUCAAAAGAUGAGAACCAUCUCGUACACGAUGCCCUUGUCCCAAGCUAUUGGUCCGAGAACCUGCCACGUUACAGAGAUGCAGGUGAUGUUGCCAUGCAGCAGACCAGGUCAUCUUUAUUGCAUCGAUGUAGAUUGCAUUAACGCUGGUGUACCUUACGCAGACUCUUUCAGCGUCUCGACGCAUUAUUGCAUGAGCAAUAUUUCCGAGAACGAGACAACUCUUACGAUUUAUUCACAAAUCAAGUAUAAAAAGAGCAUGUGGGGUUUUAUGAAAAUUCCUUAUUUGUCAAAAGUUAGCGCUUCUGAUAUACACGAUGUACAGGAUGAAACAUUGAGGAAUAAAUGGCGUAUUUUCCUUAUGACAAAAAUAGGUGUGAUUGAAAAGAAUUGUUGGGCGGGCUUGGAAGAUUAUACCAAUAGUUUGAUAAAAGCGUUGACAUUGGAGAGCGAGGAGGGCACGGAAAGCGGAGGUAUAAAGCGAAAAACGAGAAAGCGACGACGCGCGACGGGUGUAGGCGCUACAUUGCAGACACACGCUUCCGAGCACAUAUCCGCGAAUCAUCAAAUUUCUCCCUCCAACUUGCCACAUGUUCACACUGCUAAUGCUAGAGGCGAUACCAACAUAAUUCUCAGCUCAAUGCUGCUAGUCGCUGUAUUAUGUUUAAUGGUGAUUAAUGGCUUGUUAUAUUAUAAACUCUGGGGGCUGGAAGAAACUGCUGCGUACACCAUUAUGGACUUACACGUACUCAAAAAUACGCCAAAGACUGAAGAAGAUUGGAUUAACCUUUUGCAACAGCAGGAGAGCUUGCACAAUGUGGAGAUGAGAAAAUGGCAAAGGGUUUUGCACACAGCUGCACAAUUGCUUAGACAAACAGAAGAAUCGUUAACGGAGCUACAAAUGAGCAUUCAUCCCACCGCAACGGAAAAGAUGUUCUCAGUAUUAAAGCCGAACUUAAAGAGUCUCAAUACUCACACGGAACGGCGAGGCAAAACGGAAAUGUAAAAAUCUAAGUACAUUAAGCAAUCGUAUGAACGUAUUUUGUGUAUAAAAAGAAUUUGCAACUUAUGGAUAAAUCCUUAUGCGCGAUAGCGCUUAGGUGCUAUCAUUAUGUGUAUGUAUUCUUCCUAUUAUUAUUUUAAGUUUGCGAUUGUUCUCUAUAUGCUAUGUGUACAGAAUGAAUCUACUAUGCUAUAGUUAAUAUUUACUAUAUAGUUAUAAUGAAUGUGUAAACGCGCUUUCUAUCUAGACAUUGUGAAAUAAUGUUAUGGAGAAAUAAUAGAUAAUUUUUAGAACAA